AUGAGGAGGACACACCCUGGCAACUUUACCGCUAGUGCUUCCCACGGUGAUGCGCAGUCUCGCUCUCAUCGCUGCUCUUUGCUUUGGGAGGGCAUCGGGAAAGCCUAUCCGGUUGACGUCAGCAGGUCGAACAUUCAAAGCUUCUUAACUGUAGCAGGUGGAAGGAGGAGGAGGAGGAAGCACCCUGGACUCCAAGCGGAGUGUGGAAAGACAUCAGUGGUCUUAUCAUUUACCUGUGCCACAUUUACUUUGCUCGUAUUCGCGCUGUGUCUUCACGAUGGACACAUGGACAGUGUAAAGAAAGCGUCACCAAACAGGGGAAGGCUGUUCCGUACGCACAGACCAAGUGCGCAAAUGUCUGCUAUGAGAAUGGAUAGAGACCGAAAGAGUUGGCACUCCUUGGAGAGCUCGAGUACGGACAGAAGGAGUGCUGCUAGGGCGAUGAUAAGGGAUGCAGAGCGCGGACAGCACUGGACCGUCAUUCUCCUGCUCUCGCUGGCGCUGCAGCCGCAGGUUGUCUGUGCGGUGGGCACAUUUGAGGUCCAGAUUCGACAGUGGCUAAACCCUCAGGGCUUUCUACUGAGUGAUCAGUGCUGUGACCCCCAGGCCAGUGGCGGGCAGCGCUGCUCAUCAGGUGAUCAGUGUGACACCUUCUUCAAGGCCUGUCUGAAGGAGUACCAGGCUCGGGUUGCACCAACCGGCACCUGUACAUAUGGCACUGGCAGCACACCUGUCCUGGGUGGUAACUCCCACACCUUACAUCAUCAUGGAAACGAGGGAAGCGACAGCAGAAAUGGACGAAUUGCUAUCCCAUUUAAAUACGCAUGGCCAAAAUCGUUUUCUCUGGUGAUCGAGGCUCUGGACCAUGACAAUGAAACAUCAGAGGCAGGUAGGGAGGAAUUAAUAGAGCGAGUGCUGCUGUCCUCCAUGCUGAACCCAGGUGAGCAGUGGCAGUUCUUCCGGCAUCACGGCCGCACAUUCACUCUGGAAUACCGCCUGCGAUUCCGCUGUGACACCAAUUACUACAGCCCACUCUGCAACAAACUCUGCCGAGCACGAGAUGACUUUUUUGGCCAUUUCGACUGUGAUCCUUCUGGUACUAAGGUGUGUAAGGAGGGCUGGACUGGAGCAGAGUGCAGACAGGCGGUGUGUAAGCAGGGAUGUCACUUGGAACACGGCUCCUGCGAUCUGCCUGGAGAUUGCAAAUGUCAUUAUGGCUGGAAGGGUGAUCUGUGCGAUGAGUGUGAGACAUUUCCUGGGUGUGAUCACGGCACUUGCACUGAACCCUGGAAGUGUGUGUGUGACACAAAUUGGGGCGGCCUGCUCUGUGACAAAGAUCUGAAUUAUUGUGGUAACCAUCAGCCAUGCAAGAACAGUGGUACAUGUACCAACACUGAACCCAACGAGUAUCUGUGUGUGUGCCAGGAGGGUUUCCGUGGCCGCAAAUGUGACAUCGUGGAGCACGCCUGUCUCUCCUCUCCAUGUGAGAAUGUUGGAACAUGUGUUGAAGACCCAACAGGCUUCAGCUGCGUGUGUGCGCAGGGCUGGACAGGACCUUCCUGUGCCUCCGCAGUGUUGCAGUGUGACUCCAAUCCUUGUGGGCGCGGGGCCACGUGUCAAGAGACGCCACAGGGUUUCCAGUGUGUGUGUCCUCCAUUCUGGACCGGCAGAACCUGCCAGCUCGACACUAAUGAAUGUGAGACUGGGAACAGUAGCUGCCAGGGCUUGUGUCUGAAUGGAGGACACUGUAAGGAAUCUCAGUGUGUGUGUUUGCGGGGUUUCUCUGGUAAACUGUGCCAGACAGCAGUAAAUGCCUGUGACAGCAACCCUUGUGUAAAUGGAGGGCAGUGUGUGGAGCGUCAGGGUGGCAGAGGCAUGUUCUGCAGCUGCCCGCUGGGAUACACUGGCACCUACUGUGAGGCAGAACUUGAUCUUUGUAAUCCCAACCCCUGCCCCAAGGGGGUGCCAUGCCAUAGUACAGAAGGAGGCUACAAGUGCACAUGUCCUGAGGGUUACUCUGGAAAUGAGUGCCUGAGCCUGAAGGAUCCAUGCCAUGAACCCCACUGCCAAGGUGCAGUGUCAGACCCAGGUGGAGCUGGGUUCAGUGUUUAUAUGGUGUUGGUGGGGGUAUUUGCCCUGCUUGUGGCAGGCAGCUGCUCUGUGUGCGCACUACUGCUGUCCCGCCUACACCGCCGCCACCGGACCAAAGCGCAGCUACGUUCUUCAGUGCCCGAGGACAACGCCAUCAACAACCAGCGGCAGUUCUGCACUCUUAUCCGUAACCUCGACCACAGCGUGGCCCUGCUGCCUCCUGCCCAAACAGUGCCCACCUCAGUGCCCACUGUGCUCUGCAGUGAAGAGAUCGAACUUACACGUCCUCCCUCUCCAGCUCUAAAACCAGCCCACGGGCCCAAGCUGGACAUUUGCAACCGCGAACGGGAAAAACUAAAUCGUUUCCACUAUGCAGAGAACCAGGAACUGGAGGUGUGACCGCACUUUGACCGCUGGGAAGGUACCGGACUUCUUAGUUGGGAGGGUCUGUUGUGGUUGAUGUAUCUUAAUCAACCUCUGCUGGUGAACCUUGACCUCUGAGUUAUAGAGAUCUGAGAGGGUUGAAACUGGGAAGGGAAUUUUGGCACAGUCACGGGCUGAAGAAACUGACAGGCCAGGUCCAAAAUUUUAACACACUUGCCAAUGGUGGGUAAACUGAGAAUAUUUAACAGCCAUAAAUAUUUCUAAUCAGUCAUGAAACUGUAUU